UGUUUCUCACUCUUCUCCGCUCUCCUACCGAGGAGAAAACGGAAGCAAAAGCAGAGCCGAAAGCUCAGACGCAAUUCUGGCCGUACGAUCCAUGCUUCCCGGUGUAAUCCACGACUGACAUUUCACGAUGCAGCUCCUCGUCGUCGCCGGCUGAGAUCUUGAUCCCUCAUUUUCCUCGCUCAACACGCACUUGAAGAAGUGUCCCCAAGGAUGGGCUAUGAUCACACAUGAGGCUGUGAAAGUUAUUUGAUAUAUGAUUUGUUUUGUGGAAACUUGGAAAGCAGCAAGGGUUGGGACAUAGAUUUGUAUAAAGAGGUUUUAUUUGAGGGUGUGGAUUGGUGGGGCCGGGGGACUUGGAGAUGGAGGCCUUUUUUUUUUUUUAAUAAAAAAAAGGCCCUUUUCGGAUGUUUGUUUCUCUUAUCCAUGUUGGAGUGAAGAUGAAGUAGCUAUCCUAGAAAGAAGGUGUGGUGCACUGUAGCUCUAUCCAAGGUGGUGUCUGAAGAAGUUUUUCUGUUUAUAGAUCCAUCAAAGAGGGGGAGGGGAUGGAGAUUGUUGGUUCUCUGUAAUGGUCAGAUGAUGAUGUUUGGGCACAGGUGGAGCUUUUCUUGGGGUGGCAGGGCUGGUUUUUGGAAAAAGGGAGGCCACCUAUCCGGAGAGCAACUCUCUUGUCCUAUUAUGUGAGCCAGGUGAUUGAGAUCUAUUAAAAUGCGACAUCCUGGAAAAAUUUAUCGAAAGGCAAACAAGGAAGAAAAUGACUUAACUGGUUCAAGUCUUCCCAGAUACUUGGAUGCUCUUCAGGUACCGAUAGAUCUUUCAUCCUCAGAGGACGAAGAGGAGGAUUUUUAUGCCGAGGAGGAUGAUGAUAAUCACUCUUAUGAAAAUACUUCCAACCAGUUGGUGGUCUAUGAUCCUGUAGCAAAUAGUGCCACCGAAGUUGAACCUGUUCCUGACCCUAUUCAAUAUCGGCUCCCAUCUUUCACUGGAUACUCUACCACCAAUGCACCUUCCAGAGUUUUGCCAUCUGUAGGGGCUUUCACCGUCCAAUGUGCUAACUGUUUCAAAUGGAGGCUGAUACCAACAAAGGAGAAGUAUGAAGAAAUACGUGAACAUAUCUUAGAGCAGCCUUUUGUAUGUGAAACAGCUCGUGAGUGGCGGCCUAAUGUGUCAUGUGAUGAUCCAGCUGAUAUUUCUCAAGAUGGAAGCAGGCUCUGGGCAAUUGAUAAGCCUAAUAUUGCUCAGCCCCCGGCAGGGUGGCAACGGCUGCUAAGGAUCAGAGGUGAAGGGAGCACUAAGUUUGCAGACGUGUAUUAUGUUGCACCAUCAGGCAAGAGACUCCGCUCAAUGGUAGAAGUCCAAAAGUACUUGGUGGAGCAUCCAGAGUAUAUGGUGCAUGGGGUAACUCUGUCACAAUUUUCAUUUCAAAUCCCCAAACCAUUGCAGGAAAACUAUGUGAGGAAGCGCCCUGCUCGUGUAAAUGCAGGGUCAUAUGAUGAUACUACUAGUUCAGGAAUGUCUAGACCUCUUGAGCCUGGUGAAGUGAACCCUCUAUCAUGGGCAGGACCAGCUGAGUGUAUAGACUUGCAACUUCGUACGCCAGGUCUAUCUGCUCCAUACUUUGAAGCACCUGUAUUUGAUCCUGUUAGUCGGCCAACGAAGCAGGCGAGGAGAACACUGCCUAGAGAUAUGUAUGACAGUAACAUGGUGUAUAAUCAGCAGAAAGUCAAGGUUGAAGAGCCUAAUCAAUCUAGAGCUGGUGAUUAUGAUCCAUGAGGCACCAUCAGUGUUGGGAUCACUUUUUGAUUAUGUAAGCUUGUCUUAUGCUUUGACUUAUAUUUUGAUCAUGCAGGGGAAAAAGGAUUUAAGUAACUUUUCUCAAGGGGCAGAUGAAAAUCAAAAAAGAAAAAGGGUUGGGUCGAAGGAUGGUUUUACAGGCUUGCUUGCUAUGUGGGAUAUGUGAUAUAGUCAUAUAAAAGAAAAUUCUGAAGCUCAUUUAGGGGUUUUUUUACUUAAUUUGGGAACACAAGUUUUUCAUGUUUCUGUACAUCCAUCACUGUAAGUAUUAUGUUGGGCCGUAUAGGUGAGGGAGAGAAUGAUCUUGUUGACCCCAGUGAGUUUAUAUUUUAUUCUAAUACUUAUCUUGGUUACCUUAUUGAAUUUAAAUAUUGUUCUAGAAAA